CGGGCCGCGAGGGUAGAGGCGAGGCGGGGCGGAGCCGGGCGCGCCGGGAAGGGGAGGCAGCGCAGGCCGCGUUGCAGCCGCCGCCGCCGCCGCCGCGCACUGAGCGCCGCGAUGGGGCUGGAGACCGAGAAAGCAGACGUCCAGCUCUUCAUGGACGACGAUGCCUACAGCCGCCAUAGCGGCGUCGACUACGCGGACCUGGAUAAGUUCGCGGACUCGGGCUCCGAUCGGGAUCCCCACCGGCUCAACUCGCAUCUCAAGGUGGGCUUCGAUGAUGUGAUUGCAGAGCCGGUGUCUACACACUCCUUUGACAAAGUGUGGAUUUGCAGCCAUGCCCUCUUUGAAAUCAGCAAAUACGUGAUCUACAAGUUCCUGACAUUUUUCCUGGCUAUCCCCAUGGCCUUCGCUGCAGGAAUUCUCUUUGCCAUCCUCAGCUGUCUGCACAUCUGGAUUAUAAUGCCUUUUGUAAAGACCUGCCUAAUGGUCCUGCCUUCGGUGCAGACAAUAUGGAAGACUAUAACAGAUGUUGUCAUUGCCCCAUUGUGUACAAGUGUAGGACACAGCUUCUCUUCUAUCAGCUUGCAACUGAGUCAUGACUAAACACUUGGACCCCAGGUCUGGAGAUUUGGAUACUGUAAUACUUCUUGACUGUCAUAAUGUAAAAGCACUACUGUUCUGUUCUAAGCAUUCCCAACUGUUCUAAUUAAGAAAAUUUUUAAGAUUGGGCAACCACAUGUAGAAAUGUUUAUUGGCAGAUCUUUUCAAAUAAUGCUUUUCUAAUUAAUAGUCAAGGAUUUAAUAUAUAACUUCAGAG